GUCUCUAGCUCUCAACCUUGCAAGUCUUCUUUGCAAAUCUGUUGUUUAAUUUACUGGUUUUGAUUUGCUUCAAGCGAUUUGUUUUGGGGUUCAUCGCUUGCUCUUGUAAACUAUUUUAACCUCAACCUCUUCUCUUGUGAUUCUUCUCUUAAUAGAUUCGAUACCUAUGCUUUUAUCUACUGGAUUGUUGAGUCUAAAGCCUUGAUUUUGAGCACUAUCGUCUGGGUUUAUCCACAUAAAAUAUCACACUUUAGGAUUCAACAAGAUCGUAUCUGUGUUUGCUUGUUUUGUUCUUUACUUGCCCAAUUGGGUUCUCAGAGUUGUGUGUUGAGAUGCUUUGGUUUCACUCAUGCCCAUCACAUAAAAUAACGUUCUAGACGGGCUGGUAGAGAUGGAUGAAGCUUCUUGUUGGGUUGUUUGAAUUUUCUUGCUGCCUUCUAUGCUAGUAGUACAUGUGUGGUGGUGGUGCUUGGAGCUAGUGAAGAGUAAGAGAGAGAGGGCUAGCUGGUUUCUGGUCUAAUAUCAUAUAUGCUGAAAUCUAGUAAAGAUACUAGUCGUCGAGCUUGUGACUGUUGGAGAAACAGCACAAGAAGAUCCGAGAAGCUUUUCUUCAGAUGUUAUCCGCUGAAAAACUUCCACCAGAUCCCCCAUGUCCUCCUCCAAAGCUGAUCAAAGACGUAGAUCUAUCAAAGCAAACCCUUAUUGAUGAUAACAGCAACAACCCACUUCCCAAAUUCUCCAUAAGAGAUUAUGUUUUUACUGCCCGGAGCAAGGAUCUCAAGACCAACUGGCCUUUUUCUCAGAAAAAUUUGCAACGGUGUAUGAGACAUGGCGUUAAGGAUGUGUUGCCACCAUUUCAGAGUCUCGACUCAGUGAGGAACCAACCCCCUAAGAUCAGAUGUACAGUUGAAGAUGAAAACCGAAGCAAUCUUGAUAUUGCAGCACCUUCUGGGCAUGUCGAUCAUGAUCAUGCGGUAUUAGACUCAUCCAACAAUGCAGAAUUGAAGGAGACAGGGGUAGCAGAAGCUUGCACAGACACUACAACAAUUUCAUGCAGGUCUGAAGGAGAAAAUGAUUUCCCAUCCACAAUUACAAGCGUUUCUCAAUCUGAAAUAGAAGAGUCAGUUCCCAUCAAUAGGCCAUCACGCUUACCAAUAGAAACUGAUACUUCCUUGGAAGCUGCUUCAGUUGAAGUGAAAGCUGCAGGUCCUCCUACUGUUGCCAACAAGACCGGAAGAACAACCCGACCACCCCCGGGUAAGAAGUGCAGAUUGGUAGUGAAAUACAACAGCCACUCAGAGAGAAACUCGAAGGAAGAUAUCGCUUCUAAUUGUUCUACCAUUUCAGAAACAAUGACUUCGAAAGUUUGUCCUGUUUGUAAAACCUUCUCAUCUUCUUCUAAUACCACCUUGAAUGCUCAUAUUGAUCAAUGUCUUUCUGGGGAGUCAACCCCCAAGUGGACUGUGGAGGAGUCUAAGGUAACAACAAGGCAUAGAAUUAAGCCAAGGAAGACAAAAUUGAUGGUGGAUAUAUAUGAUACUGCUCAACAUUGCACACUAGAAGAUCUUGAUAGAAGAAAUGGUUCGAGCUGGGCCACUACUAUUUCAAGUUUUCCUACUAAUCAGGAUAAGGAGAAUUCUGAGCAGAUGCCUGCUGAAGAGAAAAGGCAACGAGUGUCCUCAGUCUAUCCUGAGCCGGAGGACAUUGAUGUUGGUGCAGUUUAUGUGGAUGCCAGUGGCACCAAAGUUAGGAUUUUGUCCAAGUUUGAUGAUGUACCAUCUCCACCAGCUUCUAAAGUCGUUGAGCAUCUUCGACCAAUUAAACAUUUGAAAGGGGGUAAAGGAACCAAAUUCCUUUCUGCCAAAAAGAAAAAGCACCACAAGUACCUUAAACUUGCUCCUCAAAGCAGAAAUCUUUUCUCUCCCAAGGCUCAUUCUUCUGAGUUUCAUGAGGAUGAAGAAAGUUAUGGAGUGAAAGAAAGUUGCAAAGAGGGGAGACAGCAAUUGGAGAAGCAGGUCAAUCCCUAUAAUCCCUUAGCUUUAAGACCGUGGGCAUGCUCCAAACGCACGGGUGUUGGAAAAAAAUUGCACAGGAAGGAUGACCAUCAAGCUGUGAAAAGUAAAUGGCACAUUUCUCCUAACUUUCUGGUUGAGAGGGAUCAAACUUGUAUGCCUGUGGAGGGGAAUUGUGUUCGAAAUUUUUCUGGAAAUCCAAUUUCUUCUCCUGAAAGAAGUGCAAGCACUGAGAACGACUUUUGUGACUCCCACUCCAGUGACAAGAGUGACUGCUCUCCUCAGAGAAAGAGAGCAGGAAGUCCCUUGUCUGAGGCUGGUAUGAGUGACAAUAUUGAGAGGUCCCUUAAGCGAAAUUCUCGUCAGUUCAGCAACCACAGCAAUUUUGCUCAUGAUGGGGACUAUGAACCAAUGUUCAGCAACACUGCAGUUGGUACUGCUGCAAGUCCCGCUGAAAGUUAUGGCAGUCCUGUUGAUGCUAGUGCAAAACCAUCUAAGGGUCAUGGUGCCUCCAGAUCAAAUUCCAUGAAGUUUCCCUCAUCAAAGAAGAUUGCAUCAUCUAUUGGCGGUCAGUUAUCUUUGACUGAAAAUGAUGCUGCUUUUGUUAAGAAAUGUUCAGCUGUUAAGAAGUCUCAAGUGCAUGAAAGGUCAGAAAUUGAUAAAGAGGCAGUGGACUGGGAUUCUGAGGGUGAUCAAGGGUAUGAUUUCAUGUACAAUUGUGCUGGGAAGCAGUCAAGAAGAGGAGAUAAUACUAAUGAAGCAUCUCCUCGCAGAAGCACGGUGUUACAAAUGAGACGAAAUAGAGGCUCCAUAAGUUACUCUGGGAGAAGGGAAACCAUGGCCUCAGAGAGUUCCCAAUUAGCACCCGAGCAUUCUGGAUAUGAUGAGAGGAAAGAGAUGGAUACUUCUGGUACAGGUAGUGAUGAAUUUGUGGCCAAGAUUGAUUGCUUCGGACUUACUCAGAAAGAGGAUCAAAUCCCUGGUGAUGUCAUUAUUACUGAAUCGUCUUCCCUAAUAGGUGUUGGGGAGACUGUUACUAGAUUUUGUAAUCCAGUGGAUCCUGAACUUAACGUGCUGGGUCGUCAUUCCAAAGCCAAAUCCAGUUGUUUUCAAUACAAGGGAUCUUUAUCUGAAACCAAAGCACUGACAAGUCCAACUGAUCCAAGAAUUAAUAAUGAAAAAGACAUGUUUUGUGCUGAUGAAGUUGAAGAUGGUACUGUUGGGCAUAGUGCGGAGGAAAUGGACUCUGAAGUCGGGCAGGGAAGCUAUUUUACUGAGGUUGAUCCAAUACCUAUACCAGGACCACCUGGAUCAUUUUUGCCAAGUCCUAGGGAUAUGGGUUCAGAUGAUUUUCAAGCGAACUCGUCAUUAACCACAAGCCGGGUUCAAUCAUCUCAAGACCAGCUUGAUUUCGUUGAUGGGGAUACUUCAGAUUCACCUAUUUCUACAACAUCAACCAUCUCUCAUUCUACAGGCACAAACCAGGAUCGGAAAUUUUGUGAACCAUUAUCAUCCAAGGGUUCUCAAUCUGUUCAAGAAAAGAUUCGAUCAGGUAUGUCAUCAGGUGCAGCCAGUGAUGCUUCUGUAGAAACUAAUGCUGCUGCACUUCAACAGAUAACUGGCAAUCUAGCAGAAAGGCUUACUUUUGACAGAGAGAACUUCAGAGUUAACAAGAUAUCACUUGAGAAGGGACCUCUUGGCUUCAAAAGUAAAGAUGAUCAGCCUUGCUGUUGUCAAAGAAAGGAGAGAAAUUCUCAGGGUCUUGCUUUGAAUUAUCAAGAAUCACCACUAUUAAGGCGACGGGCAAUGGCUUCGGUGAUACCAGCAACCAUGGGAAAGCAAAUGGGUUGCAGUCCAAACACCAGAACCAACAAUGCAGAGAUGAGGUCCGACACGACAGACAUGUUCUCUCUGAAUGGUUGUCCAACAUCAAGACCGGAACAGGUGUCCAUCCCUGUUGCAAAGUCACCUUCUGUUCCGGUUCCUUUGAAGGGUUCUCCCAAUGGAAAAGGGAAGUUUUCAAGUCACAGUGAUUCUGGUUCUUCUGUUAGUCCAUCUGCUUCUAAUUCCAUUCUCAGGCUGAUGGGAAAGAAUUUGAUGGUGGUUAACAGAGAUGAAGAUGCAUCACCGGUGCCACCUGGCCAGGCCCAACCACAUGCCCAAAUGAACCAUUUAACUUCACAGUUUCCGACAUUCUCAUCAGGAGUUUCUCCUGGAAGUUUUCAGAAUCAGGUCUACCCUUCCUUUCAUCAUAAUCUGGCUCAUGGUUCAGUAAUCUUAGGCCAGGAUCCAUAUAACAAAAUGGGGGAAUGUUUUGAUGUAAUGCCCUCGAAGAGUUUUAGAAGUUAUAUUAAUCCGAAGAUGCCACCAGUGCUUGCAAGAGGACCUCCAAGCUUGUUUCCAAAACAGCAGCAUACAGAUGGUGGUUUUCUGGCAUCCAUGGAAUCUAAGGAGUAUAAAGGUGAUUACCAUUUUCCAAUUCCGCUGCAAAAGUCUGCAAGCAAACCCACUGGAGCAUCUACAUUUCACAAGAAUGCAAAUUCUGCUUCUAGUGGCAAUAAAGAAAUAAUCGUCAUUGAUGAUCUUGAUUGUGAAGCUGAUCAUUUGAAUGCUGUAAACUACUCUGAUCGGUUGAGGGAAAGCCAGGCAGCUUCUUCUGGAAUUUUGAUUCCAGCAGCGUCGAGUUAUAACUCAAAACGACUGAAUCCGCCUUUGUCUUGUUAUCAGUCACCAGAACAACCAUCUCUACUUUGUGGAUCGCCAGUUUUGUACAAUACAAGCUUUCAUGCAAUUCCAUCUAGGCGAGCUAAUGCAAGUCCUGUUACGUGGAACUGUACGACAGAUGGUUCUGGCGUGCUGCAGCGGAGUCCUUUUCAUGCGACAUCAACACCUUCGAGAGGUCUUCAUAUGAGGUCUACACUUUAUAAUCCUCCGAGUUUGUCAUAGUAAAAAAGUUGUGUUUGAAAUGGAUAUUCUCUCCUGGUUUGAGCACAACCAGGCUUUCCUUAACCAAACUUGUACUGAUCGUAAAAGGGAUCCUAGAGUCCUAGUUACUGAUUUCCGGAAACUUCUGGUAAUGCCAAGAAAAGGCGGCCGGCUGAUCGAAGGAUAGAGAGGGUAUAUAGUCUUACUGUACCAGAUGAUGCUGGUUGAAAGUUAUGCAGCUUUUUCAGGCUUCUUCUGCUUAGGCAUGCAUAUGCUUUUGGCUAAACCCAGAAGAGUUUAGACAAUGUAUAAGCAAUAUCAAGGAAUAAUAUAUAGUUGACAUAAUAGCUUGGCUCAAAGCCUCAAAAUUGAUCAAUAUACAGAGUCGAGCAUUUCGAUCUAAAUGGAAGAAGUGUUUAUUUUCUA